AAAAAAAAAAAAAAAAAUCUUCAUCACCCCCACAAUACAGGAGAUGACCAGAGACUGCAGACAGUACAGGGGAUGACCAGAGACUGCGGACACAGUACAGGGGAUGACCAGAGACUGCGGACACAGUACAGGAGAUGACCAGAGACUGCGGACACAGUACAGGAGAUGACCAGAGACUGCGGACACAGUACAGGGAUGACCAGAGACUGCGGACACAGUACAGAUGACCAGAGACUGCGGACACAGUACAGGGGAUGACCAGAGACUGCGGACACAGUACAGGGGAUGACCAGAGACUGCGG